UUUCUUGUGUUUUUCUCAUCCGGCUUCUCACUCACACUCUCUCGCUCAGCAGAGGCUCAGAGAAAGAGACGCCAAAAAAAGAAGAAGGGGGAAAAAAAGAUGGAGAGGAAGCAGGGAGAGGUGGACCACCUGGAGCGCCCGAGCCCACUGACUGACAAGGAGAGGGUGAUGAUCCAGGACUCGUGGGCGAAAGUCUACCAGAACUGUGAGGAGGUCGGGGUUGCCAUACUGGUCAGACUGUUUGUGAACUUCCCUUCAUCCAAGCUAUACUUCAGCCAGUUCAAGCACAUCGAGGACACGGAGGAGCUGGAGCAUAGUUCCCAGCUCAGAAAACAUGCCCAGAGAGUCAUGAACGCCCUUAACACGUUGGUGGAGAAUAUCGACGACUCAGAAAAGGUGGCCUCGGUGCUGAAGCUGGUUGGCAAAGCCCACGCACUCAAACACAAGGUGGAUCCAGUGUACUUCAAGAUCCUGAGCGGAGUGAUUCUGGAAAUCCUGGGAGAAGAGUAUCCAGAGGUUGUGACGCCAGAGGUGGGCGCAGCAUGGACCAAGCUCCUAGCUACCGUCUGCUCUGGCCUCAAAGCCGUCUACGAGGAAGUGGGCUGGACUCAACAAUCGACCUCCAGCGGCUGAAACCCGUAGAUUAGCACACCUCCAACGGGGAUCUUUGUUAUCACUUUGCAGCUUUAUGCAACAGCAAUCAAGAUGACUGUAAUAUGACAAUGCAGUUUGUUGUUAUCUAUGAUAAUCAUGGACAAUGUAAAAUACAUAUUACAUAAACAAAUAUAGGAACACGUACUUUUUAUAGCUAGCUUUGUGUUUGUGAGAGAAAGAGAGCGCCCCUUCCCCGUGAUUGUUCUCUUUCAAAGACUAACCCGCUUCGGAUGCAGAAAAGAGAAAGGAAAAUAUUAACAGGAGACGGAGCGGUAGAUGAGAGGUCACAUUUGACUUGGGUGUGCCUUCUAUUAAAUGUGUCCAUGUAGAAACUGAAAUGUAAACAGGAUUCUUUCGAAAUGUUUUACAGAUGUUCCCUCUUUUCACUUACUCAUGUCGAUUUUGUUAUGUGCUAUGAAUACUGGAGGAUUUCGACAUUUUCAACAAUAAUGCUGAUGAUUGUACUUUUUUUCCGCCCCCCCCCUCAUUGAAACUGACAUUUGUAUGUGUUAUUGAAGAUACUUUGAAGUAAACAGACAACAGAAAACCUUCUGAUUAAAACUCA